GUGGAUAGAAGCAAAAAAACUCAGACUGCAGCUGUUUCGGUGCGACAUGUGGUAGUUUGGAACCCACCGGUCGCGCACGCUUUUUACAGGAAGAGCUGGAAGGCGUCGGAAGGCCUCCCUGUUUCUCCGUCUGACUUCGCUAGGAAAGUGAACAUGGCGCGGAAUCCAAAUCCGUUGAUUUUGGAUCGAAGGUGCCGUGUGGCUAUGGCAACGGAGUUUCUGUUUCAGAACUAUGAUCUUGUGUACAACUCGCUGCCAUUUCCGGUGAAGCACGGUAAGUCGAUAAAUGCGUGUGUCUUCGUUGAGUGAUGGGAAUGUGUCCGUUACGGCUGCCUACUGGACGUACGUGGAUAUCGAUAUACCCACACUACAGCAGGCCGCGCACAUAUUCCCAUGUGAAACUAGCUAUCCUGUGUACCCAACCCUUCCCCUUGAGGCUUAUCUUAUUUGCUCCUCCUCUCCGACUAUGCCUGGCUUCGUUUUGGUUCUGAAUCGCUGUGGCGUGAGCACCUGGCCGAGCGAUGGUGCGAGCCGUGCUAUUCUUGUUCGACUGGUCUACCUCGACGAGGUAGACCUUUAUUUGUGUCUAAAACUAAUUCGAAGGGCAACAUAUCCAUAAACAAUACAGGUUACUGCCUGAACCCAGAAUUGAUAAAUGCUACCGACCCACGUCUCUGGGUAACGCCAGUUAGAAGGGAACCGCUAGACGAAAACUGGUACCCAUUUUUCCGAAAAAUGUUUCGGAAAUUUGCAAAGAAGUGGCGGAGUGGCUCCGAUGGUGUAGGGCUCCGUUGGUCGUACGACCAACUUCAGUGGGACUGGCGAAGCUUCCAUGCACAGCGCCUGCGAGAUCGUGGAUCAUACGAGAAGCUUCUCGAUAAACGCGCGCCACUUGUGCCGAAAAGGCUCACUAACAGUCCGAAAAGCUAUCUGGUCUUUUAUCCUUCCAAAAUCUACAGCGGAAGCGAGUCUCAGGAACAAAGCUGAUGUGGGGUACAGGCUUGAAUACGAUAUGGAAUGCACGAUGAAAAAUAUCCGAUUUUUUUAGCAGAGUGCGCCUUUGUAGAUGUAGGUUUCCGUCGUGGUAUAGUCUUGCCGGCGCAAUGGAACUGGUCAAUAACCAAGGCUAACACUUAUGCUACAAAUCUAAAGACAGCUCCGUUUUUGUUCAGAAGGAAGUGCUGAGCAAUGUCCUCCGGCAGUGAAGAACCUAGUUCGUGUGGUAUGUACGAUUUCAGUUUCCAUGAUCAAGAGUGACAACCCGCUACGGCGAGGCAAGGUGGGG